CAGAUUUUGUCUCGCCGUACGUGGAUCAGAGCGAGCAAACAUGGCUGCCUCGCCGUCGUCGACCCUUGUGAGCCCUCCUCGUGUUGACCUCGACGGGGAGGACACGAGCACGCUGGUUCGUGGCACGCCGGAGUGGCUGCGGUGCGCGGGCCUCGUCCGCCGCGCGCUUGAGGCCAACGGGUGCGUCGCCGUCGGGUGUCGCCGCCGCGUACCGCCGGAGCUGCGGGAGCGGAUGCUCGUGGCGAUGGCGGAGCUGUUCGCGCUCCCGCGCGAGACGAAGCGCCGGACCGGCGCCGCGGACGGCCCGUACAGGGCGUACAUGGAGAAGCGGGACUCCGCCGCGUGCCAUCACGAGGCGUUCGGGGUUCUCAACGCGGCCGCCGGCGGCGGCGAGGAGGCCCGCGCGUUCGUUGCGCGCGCGUGGCCGCACGGCAACGACCGCUUCCUGGAGACGCUGACUUCGACGGCCGGAGAGAUGGCGAGGCUGGCCCGCGUGAUCCUCGCCAUGGUCGUCGACGGCUACGGCCUCUCGCACCGCUCCGACGAGAUCGUCGCCGCCACGGACACCAACUUCCGCAUGCUCAGGUACCACAACGACAACACGCGGACGUCGUCGUCGGACGGGCAGCCGGCCGUCGGCCUCGCCGCCCACGUCGACGGGAGCUAUCUGACGGUCCUGUUCCAGAACGACGUGGACGGCUUCGAGAUGAGGACGGGGGACGGCGGGGAGUGGGCGAGGGUGCACUCUCCAGGCCCCGACUCCCUCCUCGUCGUCGCCGACCAGCCACUCGUGGUGAGUUGUGAGCUUGUGCCACAGCCGGCGCUUCAAUUGCAUCUCUUGGUUCACUCGUGGAGUAGUUGGGAACUGACUUGCUGCAGGCUUGGAGUAACGGGAGGCUGCACGCGCCGGUGCACCGGGUGGCCGUCGGCGGGCGGGAGGACCGGCUGUCCUGCGGCGUGUUCCUGCUUCCAAGAAGGAACCUCGUCGUCGACGCGCCGCCAGAGCUGGUCACCGUGGACGCCCCGCGCCGGUUCAGGCCGUUCGAGUACAGUGACUACCUCAGGUUCAAGCACGCCGGCGGCAAGGGCGAGGACGUGCUCGACCGCUUCGCUGGGAUUUGAUACGUUGCAUUUUCCUUUAUCAAAGGUGUCGGCCCCUUGCACGUUAACGAAUUAAGAAUUACACAUGUUGACAAGUUGCACGUUGCACUUGACUAAUUUCUACUAAUUCAUUAAGCUA